AUGGCAGCAACAGCCUCGAAUUGGGCCCAACUCCGCCAACAAGCGAGAGCACAGGAAACACAAACAGAAUCGUUAUUUCACACAUAUUCGCAAUUCGCCUCCAAGGCGGACCUGUCGUCGAAAUCCAGCGAUGAGGAGCAGCACGUCGAGAAAGAGCUGAACGAUAUUCUGGAAAAGCGAUCAUCUCUACUUGCACAGCUUGCGCGUGUGCUCGACUCCGAGACAACACCAUCGGCUCUCAAGUCCACCAACCUUGCCCGACAUCGCGAAAUCCUGGGUCAACACCGAACAGAAUUCUCGAGGCUGAAGGCGCAGAUCGCGCAUACUCGGGACCGAGCAAACCUAUUAUCAAAUGUGCGAAGCGACAUCAAAGCGUAUCGGUCAGCGAAUCCUGAGGCGGCGGAGGCAGAAUAUAUGCUCGACGAGAGGUCUCGAUUAGACAACAGCCACAACGUAGUCGACUCUGUACUAUCACAGGCAUAUGCUGUGAACGAGAGCUUCGGGUUACAAAGGGAAAGCUUGUUGAAUAUCCAGAGGAGAAUUACUGGCGCCGCGGCUCAAAUCCCAGGUAUCAAUGGCUUGAUGCAAAGGAUCGGCAGCAAGAAGCGAAGGGAUGGAAUAAUCCUGGGGGCUUUCAUCGGCAUCCUUUUCCUAUUGUUUUUGUGGUUAUGGUGAACGUUGGAACGUGAAAGAUGCGGUUGCCACAAGAGCAUUCCAGAAUGACCAAGACUGGAGGAGUUUCUAUCACAUUGUGUAUCACCAACACGACUUUCUCUCUGGGUGAGGGGAUGACGGUUCUCGAGCGACAAGUUUAAUCCGAUUCGUGUUUAUACUGCAUGUAUUUGUAACAAGUUUCUACGGACAGAAGACAAGAUUUCGAAGGUUGUGCGAAGUGUUCGCAACGAAAGGAAAUAGUCGAGCCUACCUGGUGCUUCAGAUCAGAGCUUCUACAACUUGGGUGGGCGAUGGUCAAAAUCUGCUUCACUGCUUUGCGUCGUUAGCGAGAUACAUCAAAUAAAAGCAAUGAGUGACUCGUAUGAC